UGGGCAGGAACCCAGACGAAAUAUUCCAAAAAUACCAAAAUGUUGACAGUACCUCUGCUCUCAUGCCUGCUUUACGGCUAUAAGUGUAUUCUUUGUUCAUACUCGUGUACCUCGCACCACGAAACGCACACAGCGGAACGGGGAGGUGGUACCGGGUGGAGUUGUCUCCCUUGUUCUCACAUGCGCUCCGCCCGCCUGCGCUGAUUGGAUUGAAAAGUACCCCUUCUACUGCCACUGUGUGUGUUUUUUUUUAUCCAUCCUCGCGCUAAGAAACGCCCACCCACAGGACCGGGAAAGUCACUUCAAACUGGAAAACACGCUGCCUUCACACAGACUCUCAUGUAUGUUUGGAGACGCAGCGCGCAUAGCGUACCUCUGGCUGAGGCACUGUUUUUUUUAAACCCUUAUUAGUAUUAGGACAGGUUGCGUCAGUGGCACCAUUAACUAUCCAUCAGUGAGUCGGGCCUUUUUUUCUUAUGUGUCAUUUUAAUCCAAGCUCGGAAACUGCUGAGUGCGGAACGGAUGAUUUGGGUGAACAGGUGGCGUCAGCUCCGGUCCUUUUAAUUUGUAAUUAGGGGCGAGACGCACACAGAGUGGUGUUAACGCACAUUAGCGGGACGUUAAGCAUUUAAUACCUGCCUUUAAGGUGGGUGAGAGUCGAGCUGCGCUUCCUUUUGAAAGGAGACGCUGGACUUAGGGAGCUGUUAUGCCAGUUUCGGACAACGACAUGGUACUGGACAGCAGCCACGGGUUACCGGAGGGUAAAAACCCCAAAAGUGCCGGGAACGAAAACCUCCUCCUCCCGGCUUCUCUAUGCAGUCCCGCAGCGGACAUCCUCAAGAACUUUUAUCACACCAAACGGGUCGGGAACUAUCUGAUCGGGAGGAAACUGGGAGAAGGGUCGUUCGCCAAAGUUAGAGAAGGUCUGCACGCGUCAACUGGAGAGAAGGUGGCGGUGAAGGUGAUCGACAAGCGGAAGGCCAAGAAGGACUCGUACGUCACCAAGAACCUGCGGAGAGAGGGCCACAUCCAGCAGAUGAUCCGCCAUCCCAACAUCACGCAGCUCCUGGACAUCCUGGAGACGGAGAACAGCUACUACCUGGUGAUGGAGCUGUGCCCCGGCGGGAACCUGAUGAACCGCAUCUACGACAAGAAGCGCCUGGACGAAAGGGAGACCCAGAAGUACAUCCGGCAGUUGGUGCUGGCCGUCGAGCACCUGCACAGGGCCGGCGUUGUGCACAGGGAUCUGAAGAUAGAAAACCUCCUGCUGGAUGAGCAGGACAACAUUAAGCUCAUAGAUUUUGGGCUCAGUAACUGCGCUGGCAUUUUGGGAUACUCUGACCCUUUCAGCACCCAGUGUGGAAGUCCGGCCUACGCCGCCCCGGAGCUGCUCUCGAGGAAGAAGUACGGGCCAAAGGUGGACGUGUGGUCCAUUGGCGUGAACAUGUACGCGAUGCUAACCGGGACGCUCCCGUUCACCGUGGAGCCCUUCAGCCUUCGAGCGCUGCACCAGAAGAUGGUGGACAAGGAGAUGAACCCCCUACCUCCCUCGCUCUCCACCGCCGCCAUCUGUCUGCUGAAGAAGCUCCUCGAGCCCGACCCCAGCAAGCGGCCAAACAUCCAUCAGGUGAUGGCCGACUCCUGGCUGCAACUGGCCAACAAGAACACGGGUGCACCGUACCUCAACAGGAUCCACAUUGAAGAAAUUAACCACACAGUGUUGCUGCACAUGACGGAGAAGAUGGACUACAAGCACAGCGAGGUGCUGAGCGCCGUCCUCACCAACCGCGCGUGCCACACGCUGGCCGUCUACUUCCUCCUCAACAAGAAAAUGAAGAGACUCUCCAAAGAGUACAGGGAGAUGCAGUUCCAGGAAAAGAAGAAAGCGGAGAAGCAGAAAAACGAAUACUUCCAGACGCAGUGGAGGAAGCACGUCGAUAAGCUCACCAUCCCUCCGAAGCAGACGCCCGUCUACCUGGCUGUGAGCAAGGGGCCCAGCAAGGAGAAGAAAACCAAAACCGGUUUACUGCGAGCUAUUACUGGUGGCCAUCGUAAUUCACCCUUGGCGCCACCCGGCACUGUUGCUUCGUCCUCCAUGGAGUAUCUGGAGAUCCACCCUCUCUUCCCCAACACGCCGCAGCAACGGAGGCGCUUGGCCACUCUCCCGCCGGUGAACACGAGCCCAGAACACAACAUCCCCGCCCCGCCGGCGCCGUCGCCGAUCGGCAUGCACUCCUUCGGCUCCCUGUCCAAGGCCGAGCAAAUCGAAGACACCCCAUCUUCACCCUGGUACAAGCUGACCAACGGGACCCUGUCCCCGCCCCGCCACGUCUCCGCCUUCCAACCGGACUCCUCUUACUUGAAAAAGGCCACGAUCCCCAGCCCCCCCGUCCUCAUCGUCAACCCGCAGCCCAAGAAGAGCCUCUCGUCCGACUGGUGCGGCUCCUCCGACACCAGCGGCAGCCCCCCCAGCACCAUAGGGAGCCCCCCGGGCAGCUCCGCUUUCAGCCCCCCGAAGUCCGCCUUCAGCCCGCUCAACCCCACCUCGGCGUUCAGCCCCCCUUCCAACAACAGCAGCAGCAGCGACCCCGAGAGCCCGACCCACCGCAGCAAGUUCCCCUACAUGGGAAUCGGACAGAUCCUGAAGAAGAAGGUCCAGCUGCAGCCGUUUACAUUUCGGCCAGAGCAAGUCGUGGAAGAAGUGGUGUCCCCGCCUCCGUACCCCAUGCAGACGCUCCUCUGUGCUUCAGGUGCGCUAAAGACCCUCUGCUGAGGCAUACAAGGACGAAAAAAAGGAAAAAAAAAGAAAAAGAAAAUGAAAGACAGAAUGAACUCAAGGACCCUCUCAACUUUUUUUUAAGUUGGAGAGGUCUUCCCAGAGCGGCCUUUUGAACUGUGAACUGUCCCUUUAUUGCAACUGAGCCACUUUUCGUGCUGGACUUGAGUAUUAAAAAAAAAAAAAAUAAAAAAUAGAAAGAAAAGUGAUGAGAACAAAGUUUCUCCGUCUCUUGUUGCCACCCUUAUUAUGAAAGAAGAAGUGGUGACACAGAGAUGAUGAGAUCUGAAGCGAAUCCCUGGGCAAUGACAGAACUCCGCAGUGUCCUAGAUACAGAGUGGACAUGGGACGUAAUGUAAAAUGGGCUUUGCCAACAAAUGUACACACACACACACAAUACUGUAUUAUAGAGCAAGUUAGAGACACUCUCUUAUGUAAUAUUGGUGUAACUGGUUACUAAUUGAACCGCAAACUGAUUCACACCAGCUAACGGACCCCAACUCUUCCCCUAACCCUGAUUACAUGUGUAAGUGUUUUGUCUCUGUUAAAAAACAAAAAAAACAAACAAACGAACAAAAAAAAAAACUCCGAUAGCCACCGACUUCCAGACAGCAGGCACUGUAUCCUAAAUGCUGUCUAGACGAAGAAGCUCACUGCACUAUUCUUGAAAACCAAAACCUAUAGUAACAGUGUUUACCAUCUUUUACCUCACUGCAUUAUUCAUACGUUAAAUGUGUAACAGCAGUCGCCACGUGGACUGCGCCACAGCGUUGCAGUGUCUUGGUGUUGCCAUUAGAGUCAAUUCACUGAAGCAGACGUAGGUACCAAGAGUAGGAUCAUAUUCACUUUUUUAUAGAAGUCUCGUACACGAUCACUCUGCACUGACGACUCACAGUUCUAACUUUUUAUACACAAGUCUUAUCUUUGACACCAACAGGGACCGUAAAGGUCUUGACUACAACUUCCUCACUGCAGAAUACACUGUUCAUAGUUGCUUAAAAAAAAAAAAAAAGAAAGAAAAAAAUAGCGCAUCGAAAGCCUUAUAAAACUGAUUAACCUCGCCCAAGGCUGAGGGUAUGAAAGUGGAGAGAGAGUCGCUACUAGGAUCCAUAAAAAAUAAUUCACUUCCUUUUGUCUUAAUGCUGUAGUUUGUGCAAUAGUCUUAAGUGUUAACCGCAAUGAUGAGUAUUUGCCAAGAGCUCUCAGAGUGAUGUGAAAAUCGUUCCUGUAAAUAGCAACAAAAGUACCACUCCCGUGUUCCCGUCGCGUGCGCUGCUCCGUACAAAAAACGAAAUUCUGCAAUGUUUGUUGAACUGACAUUUUCACAUAAUUAGGUGACUUUAUUAAGGGAAAAAAGAAAAAAAGAAAAAAAAAAAGGCUUCCACCGGCACACGAGGCUUCUCACUGUUGAAACACUGUAGAAUCUCUUCCUGUUCAAGUGAAAAGCUGCAUGAUCCGACGUGUACUGUCGAGAUUCGGAAGUACGUCUUUGUAACUGUUUUUUCCAGUUGAUACUGAGAUUGACGCGGACUCGGGGGAUCUUUUGUAAGAUUUUGUAACGGAUGGUUUUGUUUUGAGUGUCAAGAGAUUUCUAUGCUGUAUAAAGUAUUUUAAAUAUUUAUACCGAA